GCCAAGGCUUCAUCCGGGACUUCCGCGUGCAGUCCGGACUACAGACUAUCAUGGCGGCGUUAGGUAAAAAGAAGAGCAAGAAAGGUAAAACUCUUACCCUCACUGACUUUCUCGCGGAGGACAACAAAGGCAGUGUUCCAAACUAUGCCCCUGUCAAGUCUAGCAGCUGGGCGGAUGACACCAACGACCUAGAUGGAGAGUUCUCCACCUCCUGGAAUUCAGAUGAUGUGUACCGUGCGCCUCCGAUUGACCGCUCCAUCUUGCCUACGGCGCCCCGGGCCGCACGUGAGCCCAAUGUGGAUAGGUCACGUCUCCCCCGUAGCCCACCUUACACAGCCUUCCUGGGGAACCUCCCAUAUGAUGUCACAGAGGAUUGCAUCAAAGACUUCUUCCAUGGGCUUAAUAUCAGUGCAGUGCGUCUGCCCAGGGAACCCAGCAAUCCGGAGCGACUGAAGGGUUUUGGUUAUGCUGAGUUUGAUGAUGUUGAAUCUUUGCUGCAGGCACUCACAUUGAACGAAGAGAAUCUUGGAAGCCGAAGGAUCCGAGUUGACGUAGCUGAUCAGUCCAAUGACAAAGAGCGAGACAGCGGUUUCAUGUCUGGACGGGACAGGGAUAGGGACAGGUUUGAUGGGGGCCCUGAUAGGACCGACUCUGACUGGCGCGCUCGGCCUAGCACAGAUAGCGACGAUGGACCAAGGAGAGACGGCAACUUCUCAGAGCGGUCACGGGACCGCUAUGAGACAGACAAGUUUAGAGAUGGACCAAGGCGGGACAGGUAUGAUGAUCGCUAUGAUGGUGGCAGAGACCGGUACCGGGACAAGUACGAUGAGCGGGAGCGCAGAGACUAUGACAGAGGAGGUUUUGACUCUUACAGUGGGGGCCGUCGAACCUUCGGUAGCAGUUUUCGCCGUGAUUAUGAUGAUCGGCGUGAUGACAGCCGUCAGUGGGAUCGCUACGGUGAUCGAGAAGACCGGUAUGAGCGGCGUGAGGAAAGAGAACCUCCCCAGCGGCCUAGGCUGAACCUGAAGCCCCGCAGUGUUCCUAAGACAGAGGAGCUGGGCUCUGCUUCUGACAGUCAAUCCAGCAGAGCCUCCAUAUUUGGAGGUGCCAAACCAGUGGAUACGGCAGCAAAGGAGAGGGAAGUUGAAGAGAGGCUGAAGAAGGAGCAGGAGAAACUUCAGAAACGAGUGGAAGAGGACAAAGGCAGACCACGAGAGAGGGACUCUAGCUGGCGCAGUGAUGAUCUGUCUGCUGAUCGCACCCGAACAGGAGGCUUGCGGCAGAGGGAGAAUGAGCCCUCUUUGGAGAAUGAGGUGUCUGGUGGUUGUGACCAGGAAUCUUGCUCUACUGGCAAGCAGGAUGGGGUGCCCCUUAAGAUGAUGCCAACACCACCUCCCAAGGAGAAUGGCUGCACACGACGGAGUGAGAGCUGUUCCCCCGAUUCACUGUGUAAUGGACCCCCACAGCUCACAAGUUCCUCAAAUUCAGUGGAAGAAAAAGUGCUUAAGACAAGCAAAGAUAAGAACAUGGUAAACGGUUUGCAGAGGAACCAAGGACAGACUGGACCUUCUGGAUCAGGCAGGCUGAGAGGAGAUGCUGCCAGCAGAGAUCGAAGGAAGGAGGCAGACAGAAGGGAUGGAAGAAGGGAGUGUGACCUCAGAGCAGCUCCAGAGCUAAAGCAAUAUGAGGAAUUGCCCAGUGCUCAAUUCAGCUCAGCCAGUAAAUAUGCAGCCUUGCUACUGGAUUGUGAACAAGGAGAUGAUGCAGAAGAGAACAUGGAACGACAGGCAUAUGAAUAAAGCAGAUAAGCAGUGGAAAAUAAAUAUAUAUCAUUCUGAGAAUUUCUUGGAGAGUUACUUCCAUACCACCCCUUUCCAUCUUCGAGACUGUUAUCUGAAAAAUAGGUUAAAUAUUGGACUUGUUUCUACUUUUUCAUAAAAAGAAAAAUAAGGAAUGAGCUGAUUUUGUGUAAGUGUGUGUAAGAGCUUGUCACAGUCCAACUGUGUGCCACAUUUCUUACAUGGACAGUGUUUCCCUCCUUGUAAGAUGGCUGAGAUGUUAAGGAAUUGUGAUUAUUUCACAAAAAUUGUCCUGAGAGUACUCUACUGUUCAAGGAGUCUUUUUCAGUGUUAGUGGGACCAUACUGAUGAAAGUGUAAUGAAACUGUACUCUAAAGAACAUUGUAGGAACAUUUUUCAUUUUUUCAGACAAUUUUUUUUCUUCCAGUUGAUUUAAUAGUCUCCUUUGUAGUUAAUCAGGCUUGUGUGUGUGUCUGUGCUCAUUAAAUUAAUGUUAUGUAACAAUCCAAGACUACAACUCAUUAAAUUUCAUUACCUAUAAUUUUUAAUGGUGAAUUGAUUUGUUUUGCAGUUAUUAAUGGCAAGUUAUUUUCUGUUGAAAUAGUUGUACAUAGUACUGGGAGUGUGACAAACAUACUUUAAUGGGGGCAGUAUAAUUUGAUAUAGUUUUUAAAAUGGUUGUCAAGUAUAAAAAACAUCUAUUGUGAUUUCAGUUGUACUUGUGUCCUCUGACAUAGACCAGCACCUUUUGGCCCUAUGGCCAAAUGUCUCGGCAAACCUCAGUUUUUAAUUCAAGAAUCUCCUGAAGCCAACCAAAUGUUGGAAGGUGACCACUCAACAGCUGCUGGUCCCGUGUGUCACAGUUACAAUGAUAUUUUAAGUGUCUUCUGUCUUCAAAAUAGUCUGUGUUCCAAUGCAGUUCACAGGCUUUCAUGCUCUUAGUCUGUGUGUAUGGAUUGAAUCUGUAGCUUGUAAAGUAUAAUAACUUUAAUUAUGAAAAGUUUAGCUUUCUAUGCAAACUUUAAGUAUUGAGUAAAAUUUGUAGUUUUGGGUGUCAAGUCUAAACCCAUCUUUCCUAAGGUUACACUGCUGAAUGGCUGCAUAUGUAGCCGAAUGUCUUGGCAUACAAACCUCAUUCUGUGAACUGUGUUGAAAAAAAGGAAAAUUAUGUAAGGCUCUUUAUUUGGGAAAUGAACUUCCUGAGGAAAUAAAAAUGACUAAAACAAACAAA